GUUGAUCUGCUGAGGAGCUUCAGAUGGGGAGAGUGAUGAUAAGCUCCGGGUCAGAGCUGAGCCGGGGAGUCCUGCACUGAUAUGGCCCUCCACAGCGGCCUGUGCUCCCGGCUUAUCUACAGCACGCACCCCGCCCAGGCCCUGCGGACCGCGGCCAACACGCUGCAGUGCUUCCGCUACUCCGGCAGAACCAAAGAGGAGAACCAGAGACAUGCAGCUUACCCUGAGAUACCAGAGAGACCCCAGCCUGAGCAGGAAUUAGUUGUAGCACGUGGUCGCAGGAGAGUUCUGAAGGACGUCUUGCCUUUCUCAGAAUUCCUCACUGAUUCUUUUGGACGAAGACACAGCUAUCUGCGAAUAUCUCUUACAGAAAAAUGCAACCUGCGCUGUCAGUACUGUAUGCCAGAGGAGGGGGUGAAACUGACUCCGAGAGGGCAGCUCUUGACCACAGAGGAGGUGCUGACUCUGGCUCGGCUCUUUGUGAGAGAGGGGGUGGAGAAGAUCCGCCUGACUGGAGGAGAGCCACUUAUCCGCCCUGAUGUUCUCCACAUUAUCACGGAAAUGAGGAAGUUGGAAGGUCUGAAGACGAUUGCUGUAACUACUAAUGGCAUGAACCUCGCCAGACUGUUGCCGGGUCUGAAGAAGGCGGGAGUGGACCUGCUCAACGUCAGUCUGGACUCUUUGGUGCCGGCCAAGUUUGAGUUCAUAGUUAGACGUAAAGGGUUCCAUAAGGUGAUGGAAGGGAUUGACAAGGCUAUUAAAAUGGGUUACAACCCAGUUAAGGUGAACUGUGUGGUAAUGAGAGGCCUGAAUGAAGAUGAGCUGUUGGAUUUUGUGGCUCUGACUGAGAGGAAGCCUCUGGAUGUGCGCUUUAUUGAGUACAUGCCUUUUGAUGGCAACAAGUGGAACUUUAAGAAGAUGGUGAGCUAUGCGGAGAUGCUGGAUCGCAUUAAGCAGCAGUGGCCCAGUCUGGAGACGCUUCCUGGGGACGAGACGGGCACAGCCAAGGCAUUCAGAGUACCAGGGUUUCAAGGGCAGCUGGGAUUCAUCACCUCCAUGUCAGACCAUUUCUGUGGCUCCUGCAACCGUCUGCGCAUCACUGCUGAUGGCAACUUAAAGGUGUGUUUGUUUGGGAACUCUGAAGUGUCUCUGAGAGACUGUCUGCGCUCUGGUGCGUCGGAUGAGGAGCUGCUGCAGAUUAUAGGAGCUGCAGUGGGGAGGAAAAAGAAGCAGCAUGCAGGCAUGUUCAAUAUAUCCCAGAUGAAGAACAGGCCGAUGAUCCUCAUUGCUGGAGAAUGCAGUCAGCCUGUGCCAGAGUUAAGAGGCGAGCGAAGGGAUCAUCCUCUCUCCACUCCUAGCAUGGCUCUCUCUGGCCCAGUAGCACCCCAGGUGCCACGUUCUCCAAGACCCCACAACCUUCUACACUGGAGUAGCCAAGAUAGCGAUGACUUUACUAACAGCACCUUUGCAACAGAUGAUUUUUACUCUACAAACUCUUCUAAAAUCUCUUCUCAAACUGACACGGCGGUAAAGAUUUACCAUGCCCAUCUGGGAAGGUGCCAGCCUGUCCCUGGAGUAUUAAGAAAUGAUGCAAGGACAGUUUUUGAUUAUCAAUAUGUUUCUGAAACACGCACAGAGAAGUUGUUUGCACAGCUGAGAUACGCACACAGACCUGUAGACCGUCUCAGACCGACGUCACUGAGGGGUCUAUGUUCCCACAGCAGCAUACUAGGAUGCUUCAAACCAAGGCAGCAGAACAUUAGGAAGUGUCACCACCAAAGUGGUGGUGGUCCUGACAGUUCUGAUGGUCCUGAAAACCCCCAGUUCCCAAACCAAGAUCAAACUUCUGAUCAUUUAACCCACACUGAUGCACAGGGCAAAGCCACAAUGGUCAAUGUUGGAGAUAAAGCAGUGACUCGCCGCACAGCCACAGCCAGUGCUCGGGUCAUCCUCGGCCCUAAAGCUUUCAAGCUGGUUCGUGCCAACCAGCUUUCCAAGGGUGAUGCUUUAGCCGUGGCUCAGCUAGCAGGCAUCAUGGGUGCUAAGCAGACGUCUUCUCUAAUUCCUCUAUGCCACCCUCUGCCCCUGGACCACGCCACCGUCACUAUGGAGCUGCAGGAGGAAGGGCAUUUGGCCAUGGUUAUGGCGACAUGCCAGACCACAGGCCGUACGGGGGUGGAGAUGGAGGCGCUGACAGCAGUAAGCGUAGCAGCCCUGGCUCUUUACGACAUGUGCAAAGCAGUCAGUCGUGACAUCGUUAUUACUGACAUCAAGCUGCUCAGCAAAACAGGAGGACAGAGAGGAGACUUUCAGCGCACCAGCUAAACUAGCGGCUAAGCUAGCAUCUACACCAAACUACAAAACAUCCAUGAAUGUUCUUCAGUGUGGCUACAUGUACUUUCCUCAAAGUGUUACAAAGCUAAGCUGAUACAGCUCCCCUUACCAAUGCUCUUACUGACGUCUUCAUCGUGCCUUUGGGCUAUGUUCACACAGCAGGUGAAGGUAAAUUGGUGGCCCAGAUACAGUUUUUUUUUUUUUUUUUUUUUUGUCGUCAUAUUUAACACAUAUUAUUGUUUGUUAUGUGUGGCUGUGUGAAAAGCAAACAACACAUUAAAUCGGACAUUUUCAAUUCUGAUUUGGGCCACUUUUUGAAUUUUUAUGUACUGAAAACCCAUUAUGUAUUGAAACCCAGUAUAUAUUUUGUAGGUAUGUGACUCAUCCUGAACAGCUGCACUGAAAAUUACUGUGACGUUUAUGCUAGGAAUAAUAAAAAAAAUAGGUGCGAGUAGACAGAGACAUGGACGACAGCGGCUCCAUUUGAAAAUUAAGUUUGAUCUCUUAAUCAAACAAAUUUGUAACAUCAAUGCAUGCAAUCGCAAUAAAUAAUACAAACUAAAGUGCAAGUAACCUUGAAAUAAAAAUAUUGAAAAUAUAUAAUUCAAUAUAGCAGCUUUGCUCCAGCAUUAGGUUGGGCAUUUGCAAUGUAUUAUGUAAAUUUCUUGUAUUAUAUUACUUGAUAUCUAGUUAAGCUAGUUACUGCUGUGAAGAGAACAGUUGAGAACAGAGGAAAGACCCUAUGACAGCAUGGAAAGACCGCUGACAAGAGGGAAUAGACCCUAAUGGUGCUGCCAUGGGCUGGCAAUCCGUGGUAGCAGCCACCAUGGUUAACCAUGUGUGUGCAACCAUGCAAGCUACAUUGAGAAAGAGAAAAGCAAUACCCCAGGAGUCCGAGAGAGCAGGGUCUCAAGCACUUUGUGUAAUGUAUUGCAGUUUCAACGUAAAGCAUUACUCUCCUGAAUAUGUGCAGCAGUUUAGAAGUGAACUGUUCAGGCUAAUAUUGGAUAUAGCUCUGAUUUUAAACGAUGGUGUAAACAGCCUAAAAUAAAACGUCUGCUUUUAAAUAUGGUGAGAAAAUCAUAUUUGAGCCACUUUUACCUUCUGUGUGAAUGUAGCCUCAGAAACCCUCACCAGUGUAUUCCUACCUGUAUUCAUGUAUUUGCAGCUGACUGCAUUUGCAGCUGACUGAAACAAACACUGCCCUGAAUAACUGGACUGAUUUAAUGGAGGAGUUUCUAUGUACUGAACUGAGAAUAUCCAUAGAAACAGGGUAAAACUCUUUUGUGCUGUGAGUAUGUUUUGAUAAUGUUAAAGGGGAGUUUCACUAAUAUUUCCAAAUUCCUUUGUAAUUAAAUCAGUAAACAAAUCAUUUACCCAAAA